GCCAUCUUUACUAGAGUUGCUGGGAAGGAAAACUCUUCAGAAGAAUACUCAUAAAUUUAUUUACCUGAGGAAACUUUACAAGUUUUUCGUUAUAUUCUAAUACCAGAAAGAAAGAAACAAACUUAUCUGAUUUGUAAAAUAUACGAUGUUUCUUUCUCGUUAAGUAUUUUUUUUGAAAAGAAUGGAAUAGAGUCAAGUUUUAAUAAAACCUCUGUGAACUGUAACAUUUGGGGCCCACGAAGGGGGAUUUAUUAUGUUAUUGUUUUGACAGUUCAUUCUUCUACAUAUCUGUGAUUAUUAAGGAUGGAUGAUAUAUUUACAAAAGUACGUGAAGGAAACGCCUUCCAUGUUAGAGUGUGGUUAGAUAACACAGAAAAUGAUCUCAAUCAAGGAGAUGACCACAGAUUUAGUUUAUUGCAUUGGGCAGCAAAAGAGGGCUACACAAACAUUUGUGACAUGCUUAUACAAAGGGGUGCCAGAGUUAACGCUACAAACAUGGGGGAUGAUACAGCUUUACACUUAGCAUGUAGUCAUGGUAGAAGAGAUAUUGCUCUUAUGCUGUUUCACAACAAGGCAAACAUCAAUGCUAUAAAUGAGCAUGGAAACACUCCCCUACACUAUGCUUGUUUCUGGGGACAUGACCAGGUAGCUGAAGAUCUUGUCAAUAACGGAGCAAUGGUGUCCAUGGCCAACAAGUUUGAUGAAACUCCCCUAGAAAAAGCCAAACCAUUUCUUGCCAAAAUGCUAAAAGAAAGAGCAGCAUCCCUUGGGCAAGAUUUACAAAAAAUACCGUUUAAAGAUCGUAGCUGGCUGGGUUAUAAGACUAGAAGUCGGGACGCCCUAUUGUCUCGACACCAAGGUAUAGAUAUUUCGCAACUUAAAAUGGUCUCACACAUGGUGACAACCCAUUCUGGGGAAGUAUGGAGGGGACUGUGGCAGGGUAAUGAUAUUGUAGCGAAAGUACUUAAUCUUAGAGAAUGCACUGUCAGAAACUCUAGAGAUUUUCAAGAAGAGUUCCCCAGAUUAAGAAUCUUCAACCAUCAGAAUAUAUUACCAGUACUGGCAUGUUGCAAUCAACCACCUAACCUUGUUGUCAUCUCACAGUUUAUGCCAUAUGGUUCACUGUUCAAUGUUCUACAUGGAGAAACUGGUAUAGUUGUUGAUCAGAAUCAAGCUCUAAGGUUUGCGAUUGAUAUAGCACGUGGUAUGGAGUUUCUACAUUCAAUGGAACCUAUGAUACCUAACCUUAUACUUACUAGCAAACACGUUAUGAUUGAUGAGGACCUGGCUAAAAUCAACAUUGAUGAUCCAAAAUAUAGGUCCCCUGAUGGGACAAUUGCUGGGAUUGAUGAAGAUUUGACAGCCAGAAUUAACAUGGCAGAUUACAGAUUUUCGUUUCAUGAAAAAGGAAAGUUAUACUACCCUGGUUGGGUGGCACCGGAAGCGUUACAGAAGAAACCUGAGGAUAUAAACCUGAGAGCCGCUGACAUGUGGAGUUUUGCUAUCAUGUUGUUUGAGCUGGAAACUAGAGAAGUGCCUUUCUCUGACCUUACUCCUAUGGAAAUUGGCAUGAAGGUUGCCUUGGAAGGUCUACGUAUCACAAUACCCCCAGGAAUCUCAUCACAUAUACUACGUCUACUCAAGAUCUGUAUGAACGAAGACCCAGGAAAACGUCCUCGCUUCGACAUGAUCAUACCCAUCUUAGAAAAGAUGAAACAUGCCAGUUAAAAAAACUUUGUUAAAAAUUAUGAAAAACUUAAAUCGAAAAUUAUGUAUCGAUAAAAAUUCAUAUGCAUUGAUGAUAUUGUUAAGGAACAUCUGAUUCUACAGAUGAAAUUAAGUUUAUUAAAAAAAAAAUCACAACAGUUGGUUUUCUUGAAUGUGUUCGUUAAACAUUACUACAUAAUGAUUUCUUUUUGGAUUUGCCUUAUAUAGCUCUAGUAUUGUUGAAUAGGUUAUGAUUUUAAAUGAUCGGUGAGUUUUGUUGGAUAUGAAAUGAAUCAGCCUUGUAUAUAAGAGGAGGAAAGUCUGAUUUUUUUGUAAACUGUAGAAAGUUGCUGGAUGGUGCUAUGUAAGAGUAGAGAAUAUAAUUAACAUACAGUUAAAAUCUGGUAUAUUUUAUAUUCAUUUUAUGCUUCUCUCCACAUUCUUUGCUCUGUAUAACAGUAUAUCAUAAAAAAUAUGUAAUAUUAUCAGUAUGAGAUGUAACGGAUGCUGUUAAAGUUGACACACAGUUAAUACAGCUAUACUUUCAUACAUGUGACAACUGAAAUAUAUAAAGAAUGAUUUUU